UGAUAGAUCUGCAAGGAGGAGCAAUGCUAGGAGUGGCAUACCGGAUGGGCAAGACGAAAACUUCUGUUUCAAUGCCUGCAACUGUUCCAACGGGCGGCCCCGGUUUGGUCGUGGGUGCAGCGGGGGGAAGCGCGGCCGAUGCUACAAAAGCGGAAUUGGCAAUUAAUUUCCAGCUGUUCAGCUGGGAAACACAUAAGCCAGUUAGCGGGCUUAUGCCCCAGCCGGAAUGGACCGCCUGGGAUCAAACAGUGGAGUAUUGCGCACUUGCUUACACGAAAUUCGUAACAAUUUGCGCAUUGCGUCCGUCGUUUCGGUUUCUAGGAAGCGUUGCUAUUGCUGGUGCAACGGGCGGCAUUUGGCAUCACCGGCAGCUGUUUCUUGAGACACCAACAACAAUUGAAUGUGUAUUUUGCGAUGCCGGGGUGGAUGAAGCAGAAGAAGAGGCCAAACGGGCCAAAGCUGCAGCAGCGGUACGUAAUCCGUGUUAGACUACUAGUCAAUCAGGGAGUCAGUUUCAAAGAAAAAAAGAAGAGAGGAACAGUAGUAAAGGCAUACAGGUGAA